AGAAGACUCAGCGCUCUGCUGAGUCAGACUGCAGACCUCGGCACCAACAUAUGAGCUUCCAGUGGCACGGUCGGAGGUGAGAAAACUAAACCCGAUGUUUUCGGAGUGACCAGUGAACUAUUUGCAAAGGUGAAGGACUCUCAGGAAAACUACAACACAAUGUCUAACUUCACAGAAAUCACAAACAUUUAUGGAGAGGAUGAGGUGAGGAUUUUACUCCUGGGAAAAACUGGAGCUGGCAAAAGUUCUGCUGGAAACACAAUUCUUGGAGUGAACGUGUUUGAACCAGCUUGUUCACCACAAAGUCAAACAAACAUUUGUAAAAGAUAUGAAAAAGAAAUCAACGGCAGAAAUAUUGUUGUUAUUGAUACCCCUGGAUUUUUUGACACUGACCGGGAAGAGAAACAACUUAAAGCAGAGAUAAUCUCCAGUCUCGUAGAAUGUGCACCUGGCCCUCAUGCCUUUAUUUUAGUGUUGGAGGUAGCGAAAUACACCAGGGAAAACCAGGAGACAGUGAAGAAGUUGCUAAAAUACUUCAGUGGUGAUGUUCUUUCUCACAUGGUGUUGCUUUUCACACAUGGUGAUAAUCUUGAAGAGAACAUGACAAUCCAUGACUUCAUAAAUCAAGGUAAUGUUGAAAGGAAAACAUUGAAAGAACUUGCUGAGAAAUGUGGAAAUCGAGUUCAUGUGAUUGACAACAAGCACUGGAGCAAGGAUAGCAGAGUUUCAGCUGUGUUAGCUGAACUAGAAAAGCUUAACAUUUCUCAGCAGUCUAUGAUCCAAAUUGUUGAAGAAAUUCAGGCAAAUCAAACUGAUGAAACUCCAUGGUUUAACAUACUGUCACAUCCAGGUGACAAUAUAGAGGAAGAAUGGGAAGUUAUAAGUGGAGACCAAAGCAGGGAAUACCGAAGUAACACAUUCCAACUCACCCAGUUAAUGAAGACCAUAAAUAACAUCUUGAUAGAAAAAGAUAACAAACCGUACAAAAACGAAGCUUUAGGAGAGACUGGAAAAGCCAUCAAGGAAGAAGUGAAUAACAUAAUACAGGAGAUGAAAGAUGAGGGGAAGAUCAGAGACAUGACAGAAGCGGAUAUGGUUGCGAUCAGGAGGCGAGCAAUUGAGAGAGUCAGAACCAAGAUAGAGAGACAGUUGGCUGGUGUAACCGUAGGAAUAUUACUUGGAGCUUUGCUGGGAGUCGGAGUUGGAUUGGCAGCACCAGUAGUGUUAGUACCAGGACUUAUAAGGGCAGUAUGGAGAAAACUAACUCAUCAAAGACCACAAGCUGGAGGUGCACCAGUGGAGCCAGAGGCUGUAGGUGUAGAAGCUUUAGCUGGCAUUGGUGUUGCAGCAGGAGUCAGUGCUGAGAUUACAGCAGCUUCUGUGGCAGCUGCAGGGGCAGAGGCAGCAGCACUUGGAGCAGGAGCUGCUACUGGGAUAGGAGCAGGAGUUGAAGCUGGCUUACUGUUUUUGUAUGGGGCUGGGAAAGGUGCGAUGUCAGGCUACAAAAUGUCCAAGACGUCUGACACCCCAAAUCAGGCAGCAAGUAAAGUGGCCCAUGCUUUAGCAGACAAAGCUGAAGAUGUACUGAAAGCUUGCUGGUAUCUGGGAAAUGAAACUGAAACUGAAGAUGAAGCUGAGCGACUGCUUCAUUAGAGCAGCUAAUCAACAGUGAGUGCAUCUAACCUGUACAUUUAAUACCAUCACAGCCUGUACUAUAACCAACAGGAAGUGUAGAAAGUUUUGUGUUUAAAACUAAGCUUUACGCUUUGCACAUAUAAUUAAAUAUUUGCAAAAACAUAUGGGCGCCGUAACAGUGUCCAUUUUUCAAUAUGACGAUCUGUUAAGUUUUAGCACUUUGGUAAUAGUUUGUGUGCAUUUUGGUUUGAGGUUUUUCAAGAGUCUGUUCUCUGGCUUGUACCCUAAAAAUCACAAGCACAAGAGAAAAAUACACUUUGUGGAGUAACAAGUGAACGCAUAUUAACUGCUCUGUUUCACACUGAUGUCAGGUUAAAUUAUACAUUAAGAAAUAGCAGAUUCAUUUAUAUAUAUUUCAUUUGCAUAUACGCAGCAUUAUAAUCUGAAAAACUAAAUUUUCUUAUUCUGCCUGGAUCUGGGGUUUAGGAAUUGUGUUGAUAGAUACACUGAAUCAUCAUUGGACUACAGCUAUUACUGUUUCAUACACUAUACGGCCAAAAGUCUCCUAAUUAUUGCGUUCAGGUGUUUCAGCCACACCUGUUGCUAACAGGUGGAUAAAAUUAAACACACAGCCAUUUAAUCUCGAUAGAUAAACAUUGGCAGUGGACAGUAAAGUGGAGGAGGGAUAACUGGAAAGAGGGGCAACUCCAUAUUAUUGCCCAUAGGUUUGGACUGAGAAUUCCAAAAGCUCAUAGGUGUGAUCAGAUGUCCACAUACUUUGGGCAUGCCGUGUAUAUUAUAUAAUAAGGAAUAAAAAGAAAUGUACAUUUAAUUGGAGCAUGAGGGCACAGAGUGUGUGUUACAUAAUAAUUCUGAAAAUUUUUGUUUUGGCAAUAAACUUUAUUAAAGGUUU